AAGAGAUUUAACUUUCUUCUAAUUUUUUAACCAUGUCAGUAGGCGUUUACGAUAUUCCGUUUAUAACUGAUAGUUUGCUUGAUGCACUCUUAAAAGAACUACAAACUGGUAGAAAAGUCGUUAUCACUAUUAAAAAUUAUACUUCACAAACUCUUGAAAAACCUAGAAUAUAUUACGCAUCUGGAACAUCUCAAUUCGGGCUUCCGACUCCUCCAGUCUCGAUGGGUAAAGGUUUUGUUUGGGGUGCACGUAAGACUGAAUAUUCGACUAAAGGAACUUCAGGAGUUAUUGUGUACCAUAUCAAAAAUUAUAAUUUAUCUUUAGCCUUUAUGUGGAGUGUUCCACUCACCUAUUUAUUUUAUUCAAAUUGGUGGAAUCUUAAAAUUUAUGAAGGUUUGAUCGAACCCGAUGAAGAUUUGUUUUACAAGAUGUACUAUGACAGCCCUAAUAAAGGAAACGGCAAUCCUUUUAGCGGUAAACUAAGCGGUGGUUGGAGUUACGAGGGAUCAAUGGGAGAUGCAGGUCAAUCUGCUAUCGUUAUUAAUUUUCAUGAUGGGGCUUCUUAAAUAACAUAACAGUAAUGACUUCAAAAUAUUACGUUAACUUGGUAUUUUUC